GCUGUCUGUUUACACCACAACGUGGGUAAUUGUGACAGAACUUUCAUGGCAGAGGAGCGAAAUACAACUUUACAUUGUUAAUAUCAACACGGAAAAAUGGUGAAGAAACGUCGCAGUGAAGACUCUGAAGAGUCAGACACUCCCGUGAAGAAAGAAAAGCUUCCGGAGUUCAAUGGGACGAUAUUUAAAGCUAUGCUAAGAGAAGCGACCACGGCUAAGAAAGGCCUGGAGACAUUCAUAUAUACCGCUAAGAAGCUGCCGUGCUCUGACCUGUACGAUGUGGUUGAAGGUUACAUUAAAAUCUCCAUGGAGUGUGCAGAAAUAUUCAAACUGCUCGAUGGAGACAAGCACAAUGAGAGUGAGACGAUACUGACUUUUGAGAGUUUGGAGAUGAUCCUUCUAAGGACGGCCAGUGAUCUGUCCCAUUUCAACAUGGUUGGCAGUGCGAUUGUGAAAAAGAUGGUUUCCAGCUACAUGAAACUUGUACAGGGAUCUCUCCAAUCAGAAAAUCACAGGUUUGUCCGCCAGUGUCUCAGUCUCCUGUCUGCGAUGGUUUCCCAAGGCUCGGACGCAGCGAGAGAGGUCUUAAGUCACAUUCAGAUUAACAAAGCACUGUCUGGACUGGCAAAGAGGAAGGAUAAGAAGGGGAGACCUGAUGUCCGCAUGGCUUAUAUCCAGUUUGUGCUGUCCUUUUUGGUGUCGGGAGAUAAUGCUACAAUUGGACAGAUUUUAGAGAGCAAAGAGCUCCUGCCAGAGAUCCUGAAUACAGGUCUGAAGGAGGACAGAAUGUCUCUUGUCAAUUUGAUAUUGUCCACACUGAAGACUAGAGUGUUAUUAAACAAAGUGUUAAGUAAAACACAGAAAGUGCGUUUUUUCACACCGACUGUUUUGGCCAACAUCGCUACUCUGUAUAAGUGGAAUGGGAUUGUUGAUGCAACCACAGAUGAUAACAGGAUGGCGGAGAACUCCGAACAAGCUGCCUUAUCUGUUGUCCGGGAACUUGCUCACGGUUUCCUUCUUGACCUGUGUUGCUCUCGUAAACGUGGUAUCAGCUUUCACGAUGCCAGCUUUGGCACAUCUGGCAGACCUGGUAACAUUGUCUUGCUUCAGUUCCUGGUUGGCCUGAAACAGGCUACAGAAGAUGAACUGGUGGCAGAGCUGGUGGUGAAGAUUCUGAAGGCUAAUCCUGAUUUACUGGCCAGAUACUUCAAGGAGACUCAGUUUUCCUACACACCACGCCUUAAAAGUGCUUGGCAGGACAAUGUCAGGUUACUCAAAAAGAUCUAUGAGGCCCAACCAGAGAUUUCCACAGUCUUUCAGACUGGUGAGGUCAUCCCUCUUCCUCGCCUGCUCUCCAUGGUUAUGGUGAUAUCCCUUCCUCCUGUCUGUAAUAAGACCUUCUUCACACAGGGCCUCAAUUUAAGCAACACAACAGUGCAGCUCACAACUCUGUCCGUGAUGAAUUUCAUCUUGAAAAGGGCCAAUAAGAGCAUAGAGUACCUUUUGGACAAGGCUGAGUGGCACAGCGCUGAAGUUUUCUCUCCUGACAUAAUUAGAGACCUGGUGCAGCAGUACAGGGAGACACUCAGCAAGAUUCUGCCUGAUAUGACAAGCAUCGUCUCACAGUGGCAGUCCCUUAACAAGAAGGAAAAGACGGACAGCGAAGAGAAAAAAGCUGAAACGGAAGGGAAUGCUGAACAAACGGAUAAUAAAAAUACACUGCCUGUUGCUGAGACGGCUGAGAUCAUAGUGCUGAAGGCGCUGAUUCUUCAAGUCAUAUGUCUUUACCAGAAAGUUGUGCCUCAUCUUGUUAACCAGUGCAAAUUUGACUUCAGCAAGCUCUUAAAAGGGAUUGUGUCGGAGAAAGGAAUGAGGCAGGAAGUCCCUCCUGUCUUGCAAUAUCAGAUACUGCAGUUGGCAUUGGAGCUCCCUGCAAGCAAGUUCUCCUGGUUCCGCUUACAGGAUUCUGCAGAUACGGAGUCAUCCUCUGCAGAAAAAUCAGUGCUUUAUCUGCUUCUCAAGAUGUUUGUUAGCAGCAGCAGCAGUCACUUGAAAACCUCCACACGGAUGCUGGUUCUAAAAGUGCUAAAGGACAGUGGCGUGUUUGAAUUCACCUGGACUGAACUUGAGCUCUGGCUUGAUCAGCUGACCAAAGUGGAGCCAAACCAACAAGACACUGUCAUCCAAUUCUUGGAGAGGGUGUUGGUGAAAGUCAUGUGCAGUUCCCACACAUUCACAGAUAAGGUUGCCACCCUUGUCCAGGAGGCAGCGUAUCUGCAAUCUAACCUGAGUAACCAGGAGGGCGACGCUGCCAGUAUCCCCGUCUCUCACAUAGAUGAUGUUUUAGACAUGCUGGAUGUCAUUAUGGAUGGUAAUGAUGGUGAGAUGGAGCAGUUUGGUCCGUCUCUGAGUGAAGAUCUCAUCAUCCAGACGUUCCCCUUCAGUGUGGUGGUACCUGCCGCUCUGGAGGCCCGGAACAAACUGCCAGCUAACAAAGGAGUUGUACUUGAAUACCUGUCUGCCGUGCUCACUGAUGUGCUGCACUGUCAGAGAGAGCCGCUCCCCCUCUGUCUGGCUCUGCUGCAGUAUGAUAAAGAGCUUGUAUCCUCCGAUCUCCCUCCCUCUCCUCACCCCGCCAUCAUACACCUUCAUCAAUACUACUCCAAAUGGCUACCACAGCAGUGUUGCGAGGAGUUGUUCAAGUCCUCUGAAUGCGACACAAAGGGACUCUCAUCCCCCAAAUCAUACACCGCGCUGAUUAAAGCUGCGUAUAACCAAGGGCCGAGCGCUUUCCUUGAGGACGCCUUGAGGAAGAAUGUGGAGGAGGCUCUAGCUUCCAUGUCGAUGGAUGAGUUCCCAGUAGUAAUCAAGCAGAUACUACUCUACAUCAAAUCAACUGUGGAAAUCUUUGGCACGUUCUCCAAAAACACAGGAUCUGCCAUUUUGAAGACCUUAAUGGGACAACUCCAGGAUCUAGUGGUGAGGCUACGAGACUUUGAGGAGACCAAAAAGUCUGAGCCAGCAGCAGCAGCAGAGAGCCUCCAGGAAGGAUCAGAUCUUUUCCUGGAACUCAACCAGUCACCCAGAGAAGAAACUAAUAAAGAGCAGAUCCUUGUUUCAGCUCUUGGCUCCAUCUUCAAGCAUCCGUGUUUGGAGCAGUGGUUUCUGGCUCUGGAGCUCUCCGCUCUUCCUCCACACAGUCUGAAUCCUGUCAGACUAAAGCGUCUCUGUGCUCAGCUGACUGAUGACACUCUGCUACUGCUAAAGACCAGCGCCCCAAUUCUUCACGAUCUGAGUCACCUGGAGUUCCUACAUAGCUACACUGGGGCAGUAGAAAAAGCGGUUCUCAAGGAAUUAAUGGAAAACAGCUCUCAGGAUGCAAACACACAGUCCAACCCUUUCCAGGCUCUCCUGUCUCUGCACAGCUACAUGGAUUCCUCCAGUCUGAGAGAGGUGAUAUCCAAGUUGCUGCUUCUCCCCCGUGAAAGACUCAUCUCUCCUGGCAGCAAAGGCACACAUGCCCAGCUGAGUGUCUACGGCAAUGCGGCACUGCAGAUCCUCACUGAGCGUAAAUCAAAUCCGUCCCAGGACCACAGUGUCUUUCUCACACAGUCACACCUCCAUGGCCUGAGCACUCUGCUGUUGUCCUGCUCCAGUCCUGCGCUGGAAGCGUUCUUGUAUCAGACUCUGUCCAGUGACCCAGGCAGUGCCAAACUCAUCCACACAGAUGUGCUGCUACACUGUCUCCAACGACCUCACACAGACUCACAGGCCAUCAGCUCUCUGCUGCUGCGAAACUCCUCCACCCACCGCCUCUGCUUUGAGUUGUGGUGCUUAGAGCCUGCAAACAUGGCGAAGCUCUCAGACCAGACAGAAACAUUCCUUCUACUGAUCAAUGACUACUUACAGGUAGCAAGCAGAGAGGACCCAGCCAGACCCAAAGAUGUGCAAAAUGAAGUUUUAAAAUCCCUAAAGAAAGCGCUGCUUUCCAAAGUGUCCCGGUGUGUCCUGGGAACUCUGACAGAAGAGUCUGGAGCCCAGUUUCCUGAAAUACUCGCCAGUCUGAUCAAACUCUCUGCAAACAUCCAGGACAUCAGGGACUUGAUCAUCAGUCUGCCCGAGGCUCUUCACAAAGUGGACAGUUUUGAAAGAUGGCAAAUAGUAGAAGUUAUCAGUGAGACACUGGCCGAUUUCCCAGAAGAACUAGACGCGUGGAAGAAGUCCGUCACGGCUGCUGCCUUCAAGUGUCUCGUAGCGUCUUUUAGUCACUCCAAAGAUCAAGACACUUCACCAUCAGAGCGGGAGCAGAGCAUCCUGGAAAGACUGCAGACACUCCUGACAUCCGCUGAAGAUGUCACUGCCUCUGAAUGGAACACUUUUGUAAAGAAUGGACUGAAAUAUCGAUACAGAGAUCAUCACUUCCUGAACACUUUGACUAAUCUGGUGGAUCUGAUAUAUGACGGCAGUGACGUCCAAAAAGAUUUGAUUCCUUUAUCUACACUUCACAUGAUGGCCAGCAGCCAUUCUCUUUUCCUGCCCACAAUGCUGGAUGAAGAGCCCAGCAGGUGUCAGGUUAAAGAAGCGUUGGUGUCCCUUCUUCUCUGUCUGGUGAAGAAAUGCCCAACAGUCUGUAACAUCAAUCACUUUGUUGUAUUUUUGGGAGCAUAUGGAGCUACACUGAAUAAUUCAGAUCAGAAACUGCUACUGCUUCUUCAGGAAUAUGAAAGAAACCAUGUCAGUCUGCUGAAAUUUCAGUCCUUCUUGUGGGGCCGAGCGGCUGUGGAGCACCACAAGACCAGGAUGAGUCUGGGAGCAUCUCUGUGGAAGCAGGCGAGCUCUGACGACAUGUUGGCCCUGCUGAAACCUGAACUGAUGCUCCGAACGAUUGCCCAAUUUCCCCAGCAACGCAAAAUCAUCCCACAGGAAGGCAAAGAGUUGCUGUACAGCAAUGAUGCAGUGAAGGAUCUUGGGAAUGUGUAUGAUCCCUGUUUUCUUUUGCCUCUGUUCAGUGUCAUACUUCAGCCAGAAUGUGUGAUCGACUGCGUCAAAUUUGUAUCGAGCCACGCUCUCGGAUUAACCGUGAUGGCUCUAAGUAGCUACGACCCAAAGGUGAGGGCAGCAGCGUACCAUGUGCUGAGCUGCUUCUACCAGCACCUGGAGGGCGCCCGGUUCAGGGAGAAGAGACAGCUUCUGUACAUGAUGGACACAGUGAAGAAUGGAAUUCAAACGCAGAAUCAAAGACUCCCGUUUGUCAUGACCAUUUACAUCAGUAAAGUGGCUCAGCAAAUGCUAAAACCUGAGGACCACAUGUAUAUGGUUGUAAACCGGUUUCUCCUGUCCCAUCAGAGUUUGGACUUCAGAAGAGUCCCUGAGUUCUUCAAGCUAUUCUAUGGCUUUGAUUUGGAGCAUAAAAUGGAACGUGAGUGGAUCCUGAGUGUGCUGGAGGAUGGGAUAGGAGACGGACUCUGCUAUGACCUGUGCGAGCGACAAGGCAUAUUUAAGAGCCUUUUAGGCUUCAGCAGCAGUCCACUAUGCGAUCAAAACUUCCAGGCCCAGAUUAUCAGGGUGUUGUCCCAGGCUGCCAAAGUGAACAAAGCAGCUUAUAAUCUCACCAAAAACUGUGGGGUUUUAACCUGGAUGAUACAGAUGGUGGAAAAAAGGAAUAGAGACCCACAUCUGCUGAGUGCCGUCAUAGACCUGCUUCAUGCACUGUGGUUCACUAACCUUGGACAGAAGGAGAAGCAGGUGGAUGCAGCUAAAACAUCUGCAGAGGAGAAACCUCAAAAUACAGCGAAGUGUCUCCCUCUUCCACUCAUCAAUGAAUUCCUGUGUGUGGCACUAACUGUCAGCAAACACCUCAGGUUGGGUGUGAAGGCUGCUCAGCUCAGCCUGUUCCUGCAGACUCUCCACUCUGUACUGAAGCAUCAUGGGACAGCGCUCAGUGUAAACAAACAGACUGAGCGGUUCACACUUUACCCACAGCCUCUCUCCUCUGCUGAAGUCCUUGCUCUGCUCCUCUGCUGGGCCUGCCUCUCGGGUGACAAAGCACUCUCUACCCAGAUACAAGUCUUGUCUGAAAAGUGCAAAGUAAAGGAGUUGCUGGGGACGUGGAAAGACAAGUCCAGAAGUAAAGGCUCCCUUUCCCAGGUCUGCGCACAGAAGGAGAACCUGGCAGAAGACGAUGAUACUGAGGAACAAGGAGAGAGUUUUCUGACAGAGUGUAAAUUUUACCUCAGCAGUGUCUUUCUACAUUGGGAGCCUGCGUUUCCCCUCACAGAACCCCCGCAGGUUCAGCCAGGGAACAAACUGGAUCCCAGUCGGUUGGCCAGUGAUACAGCACACCUGCUUACCAAGUGGUCCCUGAGGUCUUUGGUAGAGGGCUCACAUGAUGAAAACAGAACAAAGGACUUCUUGCACUGGCUUGAAAAGGCUGUGGUAAAGCACAGGGAAAUUGUGGAUGUCGUGUUGUGUGAUCCCAGUUUGAAAGCUGACCUCCUUCGACUCUACCACCAGGCCUUUGAAGCUCAGUGUGUCUCCGGCAGUGCUGAAAAAGUGGAAACGUUGCAGCGAUUCACCAACAUUAUGAUGCGUUUGCUUGAGACUCAAGACCAACUUCCUGAGGUGCAUCAGGCAAUCGUCUCCUCCUGUCUGCCAGAAACCACUCAUGAUCCAUCUCAAUGUGAAGCAGGACUGUAUCUGUUGUCGCUGUACAUUCACGAGUUGUGGAGCGGAGCCACAUCGGCAGAGCUGUUCCUGUCUCAUGUCAGUUUGGUGACCAAAGCCAAGUGUGCGGGACAGAAAACACCCAAACGCCCACGGCCAACUGCGAUCAGAGCCAUCUGUAAAAACAUCACCACCUGGAAGAAUUAAAUGCAAUGUGUAUGACUUUAAAUAGAGCUAAUUAAAGCUGUUGUUUUUAUUUUGUCUCCUGAAACCCCUCUGUUAUAAAAUGCUGAUUAAUAAAUCUUGUCUCAAAAGAUUUUUUAUAACA